AUGGCUUCAAAAACUUGUGCAUCAUGCCUUCGGGCAGUCCAGAGACAAACACGAUCAAGUUACAGGACUCCAAGAUUCAUUGAUCGAACAUUCGCAACGACGUCCACACGAUAUGCAGAGCAUCCCGAGCCAAAUGCGACGCCAGCAAGCUCAACCGCUCCCGCCUCGGCGAACCGCGCAACGGCCUCUUCUCCCGCGCCGAAAGCCGCGGAGCCUUUGGUUUCAACGCUCAAGAACAAAUUCACGACAUAUACGGCCUAUGGUGUUACAGAAGUGCUGUACCGAGAAUGUGCAGUGCAGGCAGACUACAGCAUCCCGCAAGCACAAGAUGACAAUGCCGAGAUACCCAAGACGGAAGAGGGGGAGGAUCUUGGAGUUGGAGAGGGUUGGUGGCACACUGAGUUGGGAUUGAAGCCAACCUUCAGUACAUGGUCGCAAGUUACGAUGCUACACAUGUAUGUUCUGGCUGCGCGAUUUCGAUGUUUUCCUGGCGCGCAAGCUCAACCUUUUCAACAACACCUUCUCGAUCACUUUUUCUACGAUGCCGAGAACAAGAUGGCCGUCGAUCACGCUAUGCACUCACGCGGUAUGCGGAACAAGUACCUCAAAGACAUAUAUAUCCAGUGGAGAGGCUUGCUCGCGGCAUACGACGAGGGCGUGGUGAAGGGAGAUGCGGUGCUCGCGUCUGCUAUUUGGAGAAACCUCUUCAAGGCCAGCGAGGACGUGGAUAUUAGAAAAUUGGCGCAGAUUACUAGCUAUAUGAGGAGAUUACUGCACAGUGUGGAUUCCUUGCCGGAUCACGCGAUAAUGGCGGGGCAAUUCAAGUUUUCGAGCCCCAAGGAUGAAUCGAAUGUCGUGCGGCUGAAGAGUCCGAUGAUGGAUGCUCCGUUCCAAAAGGGAGAUGACUUAUCGGGCAAAAAGGGAGAGUGA